UGGUGUAAAUAGCUUUUAUACUUCUGCUUUUCAUUGAAAAUGAGAUCAUGUAUUAUGCAUGUGUGCGUGUUUGAUUGCAGAACACUGAUGUUUAGCAGCGGAAUAGCUGUCACGCCUAACACAACUUUAAUACCCUGCCCUACGGCAUUAUUCUUUGACAUUAUUCCAGACAACAGCUAUGUUUUUGCUUGAGACAGAGUCGGACUGUCCGAGCAAUCUUUUUGAAAGCGGGUUUGCUGUCAAUGGUUUGAAUGGUCCGGGGCACGGACAGUCUCCUGCGCAUCUCGCGGCAUGCGGAGGUCAGGCUUUCUGCUUGCUUUGGCUGCUGCAAACCGGUGCUGAUGCAAACCAACAGGACGCAAGUGGAGAGACACCCAUUCAUAAAGCAGCCAGAGCGGGCAGUUUGGAGUGCAUCAGUGUGCUGAUGGCCAGUGAUGCACAUUUCGAAAUUUGUAACAAAGAUGGACAGACCGCUGAAGAAAUUGCAUGGUCUUGUGGGUUCGAGGAAUGUGGGAGGUUUUUAAACAUGCAUCGCAGAACUCAGGACCUGAAGAACACUUCAUCAUCACCUCUCGUUGAACGCCACAUGCUGAGCAGCACUCUCGCGGGACAGAAGAGAGGCCGAGCAAGCUCCAGUGCUCAAGACAGGAAGAAAGCACGGGACUGGUGAUCAAUGCUCCCACAAAGAGAGAGAGAAUUUCAAGUAACAUAGGCUGUUUAGCCAUUACUGGAGUGAAUGGUAAAACAGAUGAUGUUUCAGCAUGCCCUCAAAGUCUGAAUUACCUGUGGACAUUUGGUAUUGAGCUUACUGCAGCCUCAACAGUGAAGAUAGAUUGACCCUGUUCUGGGGUCAGUGAUUUGGGGUCUUAAGUUAAAGUGGAAUCACUGACACUGUAGAUCUGUGCUUCAUGCAUAUAUACCUGCCAACACAAGAGCAGAUGGCAAUGAAGGCCAAAGCAGAGCAUUUUCUUUAAAGAUGGAGAUUGAAACUUCUGGGGUUCUUACUCGAAAAGGUGCAACAUUUAACUUGGAUCACAAUGUCUUGUGAAUCAAUCAUAUGAACCCUUUCAGGGUUUUAUGACAGUCAGUUGGGGACUGUAGAAAUAAGUGGAUAUAAAUGAGCAAAACAGAAGGCAACUGACUUGCUGCCAAGCUUGGCUAAUCAAAAUACUCUUCAUAAGGCUAGAUUAGUUGUUAAAGUGUUUGACAUUUUUGGUCUAUAUAAACAACUAAGGUAAAACAUGACUUAGUGUUGUGGCAAAUGUUAAGGGAAUAUGUCAUGCUUUGACAAAAACAGUUUUUGAAAUUGUUUAUUCCAUGAUCUGAAAGAGAUUUUACUUGCUGUUCAAGAUGGUUCAAAGAUAUCUUGUGAAUUUAAUGUAUGAGGAACUCAAAAUCAGGUAGUUUGAAGGAUAUUUUUUUAAUAAUCACAAGGACCCAAUUCUCAAAACUUAGCAUACAUUGAGCACAACAGCAGUCUAUGUGGGCUAAACUGUUGAUAAUUUUCCAUUGCUUUGGCAUAAAAUUCAAUGACUACUGCUUUAAAGUUACUUUUUCCCCUCUCUCUUAGAAACAAGCACAGCCAAAACGCUGUACCUACCUAACUAACAUAACCCAAAACUGAAUAUGGUAUGUUAUGCCAUAUUGAAAUAUAUUAGAAAUGUUAUAUAUAUAUAUAUAUAUAUAUAUAUAACAAAACAAUUAGGUCUAUUGUAGCUGAAAAUCUACAAAGGUGUUAGACUUUGUUACUAUUUAUAGAAAAGGGGGAAAUAAUUUUGUACUGAAAUGAAAACAUGUACCAUGAAAUGCAAUGAAUUCUAAACAGUAGAGAUAUAAUUAUUGUUCUGUAAAGGAAUGUUUUUUUUUGUUUGUUUUUUUUAAAAACUAUAAAGCUACUGUGACGAAGUGUGUUUGUUGGGUGAAACCUUUGCCUGUGUCAUGGAAGACUGAGUUGAUUUGAGGCAUAUAUGAAGUGUUUUGGUAUUAGUGCAUUUUGGAUGUGAAAGUAACUGCUGUGCCAAACUGGAAGUUGGUAAAGAAAACUGUGUUAA